UUCCGUCUUGUCUUAAAAAGCCGCAAGCCCAGCAGCGAGGCGGGCAUGGUCGCGGCCAAUACUCCGCUCCACACCCCGCCAUCGGGGCCUGCCACUGCCCACCACCCUUCCACCACUCUCUCUCGCCAUUGCUCUUCCAACCCCUUUGCUCGCUUCCGACCCAAGCCCUUGCCGGAUCCUGCUGCUGCUCUGUUGCUGUCCCACCGGCCCAAGAUGGACUUGCCCCGGCGAGUGGCUGCCCCUUGCUUCGGGAGCCGCCGCAGCAAAGGCCUCAAGGUCGACCCUGAUUUCGGCGGCCAGGAAAUUUUCUAUGCCGAUGCCAAGGCCGCGCCGGAGCACCUUGUCAUCAUGGUCAAUGGUCUAAUUGGGAGUGCUGCAGAUUGGAGAUACGCUGCAGGGCAGUUUGUGAAGAAGCUUCCUGAUAAGGUUAUCGUACACCGCAGUGAGUGUAACAGUUCAAGAUUGACAUUUGAUGGUGUUGACACGAUGGGUGAAAGGCUUGCCAAAGAGGUGUUAGCUGUGGUGAGAUGUAGGCCAGAGGUGCAGAAGAUCUCUUUUGUGGCCCACUCUUUAGGUGGGCUUGUUGCAAGGUAUGCCAUUGGAAGGCUUUUUCAUCAUAUUCCUAGAUUGGAAUCCUCAGGCGCUCCUGAAAAUUCCUCGGCUGAAGAGCAGAAGCAACAUCUUGAGCAAUUUCAUCAUGCUAGAAUUGCUGGACUGGAACCUGUGAACUUCAUAACAUUUGCAACCCCACAUUUAGGUUCACGUGGAAAUAAACAGUUCCCAGUUCUUGGUGGUCUUCCUUUCUUAGAGAGAGGAGCUUCUCAAACAGCACACUUAGUUGCUGGGAGAUCUGGAAAGCAUCUUUUCCUUACUGACGACGAUGAUGAUGGAAAACCUCCCCUUCUCCUAAGAAUGGUUACUGACGCCGAAGACCUGAAAUUCAUCUCAGCAUUACGCUCGUUUAAGCGUCGGGUGGCUUAUGCAAACGUGAAUUAUGAUCAUAUGGUUGGGUGGAGAACAUCAUCUAUUCGCCGUCAACAUGAGCUCCCAAAGUCAAGUGUGCUUAUGACAAAUGACAAAUACCCACAUAUUGUCUUUGUGGAGCAAUCAAGCCCUGAUGACAUCUUCAAUAAAGCAUCGCUAAUUAUAGAUCAGAAAGUUGACUUGGAAGAGGAAAUGAUUAGAGGUCUUAACCAAGUUCCAUGGAUACGAGUGGAUGUUAGCUUUCAGAAAAGCAGACAGAGAUAUAUUGCUCAUAACACCAUUCAGGUAAAGAGCUAUUGGUUGAAUUCUGAUGGUGCAGAUGUGGUUUUCCACAUGAUUGAUAACUUUGUUUUAUAGAAGAAUCUCAAACUUGGGAUGAGUGAUUUGUAGUAUAAGGAUGAGCUUAUCUGCAUAGUCAUGUAAAUUUUUACCAGCAAUAUAUAAUCAUGUAUUCUUUAACAGUGUAGGACCUACAAGACAUCUUUUUAUACCUCAUCUCAUGAUUGUUGCAAAUAUUUUCUACCUCUCAUUUUCCCUUGUAUUUUCUUUUGUAUAAACACAUUCUGAGUUUCCCCCCUGCCAAAGACUUUUCGUUCUAAUUUUUUUCACCUGUAAUAUUCAGUUCGAUAUAUAUGGAGGGAAUUGGGAUUAUCUUA